AUGGCUGAUACAACCAUGAGUGAUGGCGAUAUCACAAUGGGGGAUGCAAGCGAGCUUGAACGGCUUGUGUUGAAUGCAAAAGCUUGGCCGACAGAGGUCUUUGAACUUUUCCGAAGGCUUUUGCAGAAUGUGGUGUCGAAUCCAGAUGAUGCCAAGUUUCGCAAGCUGAAAUUGAGCAAUGCUCGAAUCAGCGCACUCUUUGCGGAGACAGGUGCGCAGGAAGGUUUUCAAGCGCUUGGCUGGGUAAUGUCUGGUGAUGCUUUGGAGCUCCCUACAUCCAUUGGCUCCAAAGACUUAGGGAAUUUUGAGUUUGUUUUGAAGCAAACAAAUUGUGGGCCUCCUGGAGAUCUUCUUUGUCUUACAGUUCUUCGUGGUGCACUGAAAUCGAAGCUGGAGCUUCCAUCCAAUACUCUUUUCAGUGGUUUGGCGUCUAAAAUUGAACAAAGCGACGCCUUGGGACGAAUUCCGAGGAAACGUCAACGUGUGUUGAUCGGUGUUCCUCCCCGGCCACUCGAACAAACUUUUCCGCAAUUUGCGUCAAUGACCAUCUCCGAAUUGGGUCUGAAGGCUUUCAAACUUGAAGACACUUGGGAAGAGAUGGUGGCAGACUUACGAGCCCUCCGAGCAAGCUUCGAAUCUCUCCUUUCUGUUUUGUCCUGCAAGAAGACUUUGCAAGACAACUUCGAUUUUCUGCUUGACUCAGCGAAAGCACUUCUGAAGUCACGGGCCAUGAAGAUGGACCAGUCCGAGCUUCGCAUAGCUCGGAAAUGCUUCGCCAUUCUUUGGCCACCCGUGGCAGAAACCAGGCUGGCCAGACUGGAACAUUGUGCUGCGUGCACACCGCUAGCAAUUCCUCAAAAGAACGAAGGCCAAGAUGGCCAAGAUGUUGCUUCACAAUUUCCUUUGCAGGUGGAAAGAGCAGACUUGUUCAAUUCAGCAGUGUCUCAGAUUCAAAAGGCAUCCACCGAGGAGUUGCGGAGGCCCCUGCAGGUGACAUUUGUAGGUGAGGCAGCAGAGGAUGCUGGCGGUCCAAGACGUGAAUUCUUCAAUGAUUUUGGUCGAUCUUGCGCUGAAAGAAAGGACCUUUGGCAGACAACUCCUGCAGGUUCACUGACACCCGUGACAUCAGUGACACUAACAACAGCAGUAAGUGGGUUGAGUGGGUUGAGUGCCGGCUCUGUGUUUCAUUCUUGCGGUCGCGUUUAUGGCCUAGCACUCUGUCAAGCAGAGAAUGCAGCCCAAGAACAGCGUGUCCGCGAGAAUGCCACGAUACAAGAACUGCUUGCUGCAGUGACUGGCGAUGACGAGCCCCAGGCACAGCAGCAGAAACUCUUGGUCGGAGCAUCCUUGGCGAGGCCAUUUCUGCGUUGUGUCCAAGUUGACGCUCCAGAAUCUUUAGAAGACUUGCAAGCUGAGCUCAAUGCUGAAAGUGAUGAGAGUUCUCCAGACUUCAGGGGUUCUACAGCUUUUCUGACCUCAAGCCUUAGCGAGUUGGGCCUGGAAGGACAGCUGACUUUCAGCCGGGAGAAGCCAGACGGAACAGUGGUGCAACUGAAGCCUGAUGGAAGCAACCAGAUCGUCACAGAUGCAACGAAGCUCGAUUGGCUGAAAUUCAUGCUGCGAAAUGAACUCGUGGAAAGCAUUGAGGAAGCAGCAAACAGCUUUCGUCUGGGUGUAUGUGAAACGGCAGGCGCUGCAUAUUUAGUACUGCUCUCUGCUGUUGAGCUUCAGCAGGAGUGGUCAGGUAUGCCAGAGAUCAGUGAUGAUGACUUGAAGUUCUGGCAGGAGCGGUCCACGAUCAAUCCAGCCCGAAAACAGCAAGCAUCCUGGUUCUUUGAGACGCUUUGGUCUGCAGAAUGGCGCGAUUCGCGACCGAAAGUGCUGAAAUUCACCACAGGCAGCGAUCGCUGGCCAAGAGACCCUAAAGGCUUCACAUUUUAUGUGGAACCUAUGGAUGGUGGUGACGAAGUUCUCCCUCGUGCCAUGACAUGUGGCAACAUGCUCCAGCUGCCAAGUUACAGCAGCAAGGAGCAACUGCAGCUUCAGCUUCUCAAAGCUUGCGACCUGGGACACCUCGACUUCCAAACCAUUCCGAACCAUGUUUGCUUUGGCCAACCAUAUUUGCUUUGCAUUUGCGGGGCAAAUGGAAGCUCCUUCUACGCCACCACAGCUCCCCUGCCUGACACGCACAUUAACAAGUACAUGGGAAAGCGUGGUCCGGAUGGUACUCGCUGUAUCCGCCACAAAGGCAUCGCAGUGUGCCACAAUCUUCUGCAGAAGGGGGGAGUAGUGCCACAGCCGUUUGUGGACAAAUCCAGAGGCAUCCUGGUAGUCUACGACGGGCAGAUCUACAACUACCGGGACCUCAGCCAUGCUCUUGGCAUACAAUGCAAGAGCGAUGGUGAAGUUCUUCUGCCUUUGUAUCUUCGGCACGGUCCAUCUUUUGUCCGACAUUUAGAUGGAGAAUUUGCCCUCACAGUUGUCGAUGCUGGUUCCAGCACGGUGAUUUUGGCCACUGACAUAUUUUCAACAAAACCCUUGUGGUAUUCAACGGAACCAGGCUUAAGCGUCGCUUCAUAUCGCAGUGGAGUUCUUGCGCUAGGAGGGAACGUCAUCCGACAAGUUGAUCCAAACUCGGCAAUUGUUUUCAAACUCUUUGAGGAUGGUUCAGUCCAACCUGAUGUGCAAAGAAUUGCGGUGCAUGAGUUUGACCUGCGUCAGUUCAAAACAGAUGUAUUGGACUACUUGCAAGCGCUUGACCAAGCGGUCAGCAAGCGAGCACAAGUAUCUUCAGGGCACCGACCAUUCAUCGGCCUGUCACCUGGCUAUGACAGUGGAGCUUUGCAGGUUCUGCUCACACUUGGUAACACGUCGCAUGCUGCAUACAGCGUUGUGUGCACAAAAGAUGUGACGGAAAUCGAAGACCGCAUUGCUUGGGGUGGCCAGUUGGUGGAAGGCAACAUGGUCCUCCCUAAUCAGGAAGAGCUGUUUGAGGAAGUGAGGUUUCUCCACGAGGACUGCGAGAACUUCACUUACUCCGGAGUAGGCCGUCAGGUGGCCGCAGAUCCAGCAGCUGCUGGGCUUUCCCACAUGUUCAAGGAGGCCCGCCAAAGAGAUCUCCAGGUCUUCCUUUCAGCACUGGGAGCUGACGAGAUCUUGUCCGACUUUGCCUAUGGACUUGCUGAGAAAAGGACAUCUUUGAAGCCUCUUGGUGUCUUCCCUGAGGAUUUGCGGAGUAUUUUUCCGUGGACAUCCUUCUUCGUGGGGACACAGAGAGACAACCUGAUGAAGGAGGAGAUUAUUGCAGGAGCUCAUGGAAUCGAGGGGCGCUAUCCCUUCCUUGAUAAGCGGGUUGUGCAGGAAUAUUUAUGGCUCGAUAGAAAUGCCAAGAAUGAGUACUACAAGGCACCACUCCAUCAGCUUUUUCAAGCUGUGAAGUACCCUUUCGAAGUUGGGAAGAAGGUUGGCUUCAACGGUGCAUACAGCCUCAAAGUGGGUGAAGAGUCGCUCAAGGUGAGGCAAGGCAAUCUGGAAUUGCUGGAGAAUUCUUUGCAGCUUCGGGAGGAGUGGGCUCAGGUGAAAAGGCGUGAGGCGGAGCUACAAGCGGCCAACUUGGAGGUGACGCGUCUAGAAGAAUCCCUUUCCAAACGAAAUGAAGAGCUCGAUGCCGAGGCCGCGAGAAGCGAUGUGGAUCAGAUGCAGAGAAUCCAGAUGACCCUCUUCACCAUCGUGCCGAGGCCUAGCGGUUUACCUUUGGUCGGGGCAUCUGCGAGACGAUUGCCGCUGGCAAAGCUUCCAGCAAUCGUUCCACACACGAAGUUGCCGGACACCGAGCGUGCGGUGUUUGGCCUGCCUGAUAGGCACCGCGUGAAUGACAUAGAGGUGGCGGCUGCAGUAAGCCGUUGGCUGGAAGGGGGGCAGACUUCUGCGCUGCGUUUAAUUUCAGGCCUUGCCAUAUUGAAAGACCUCAAGGGUGCUGACACUUACUUGAAGAAACCAAAGAUGGCUUUCAGUCUGUUGAAGCUUCUGGCAUCCGAACUGCUUGAUGUCCUGGAUGUCAGCCCUGGAAGACAUCCACAACACCCACCAAGUUAUCACAGGACCUGGCUGUUGAAGAGUCUUGUUGACCUGUUGGAGCCUUCGAUUUUUGCCUCGGAAGAGAUGCGGCAGAUGGUCAUGCAAGAAGCAAGUCACUCUGUCGCUUUAGUCGAGGAUAGCGUUGGCGUUGACAGGGAUGCUGCCCAAGCAAUGUGCGACAUUGUGGCAGUGAAUCAGUGGCAUUUGAAGGAGACACCUCAGCCACGUCUGUCAGCACAAGAGAUGUGGACGCGAAGGUCUGGCCUUCGUCCUUCAAAGGCUCCAACUGUCCGCCACGAUGGAAAAUCCGAUGGAGUCCUUCCAUUGGUGGCUGCCUCCAACGUGCAAAGGUGGCAUUGCAGCCAACUUGUUCAGCAAGCGCGAUGGACCAAUGAGAUCCAUGAAAGCCUUGAUGCUCAGACCAGUGCUGCUUACAACAUCAUGGGCUUGGUCCGGGAGCUGACUGGUGGUUUUGCAGAUGGCUGGGCGUUUGCAUUUUGGCGGUAUCAGCGGAAAGAGGAACUUAUAGAAUUGGAACAAAUGCAGAAAGUGGAGACUUCUCUGAAGAUCAAUCGCGAGUACCUGGGCAUCCUCUUUACCAGCUGGAGUCACCUGGCUGUAUCUCUACAAAUUGAGCGCAGAAAGGAGGAACUCAACGUCAAAAAGCUACACCUUCGAAUGCUCGGGGUUCGCCAUCAGGAGGCACAGGACAGGCGACAAAAGUUCGAAGAAGAACAACAGUCGGACAGAACAGUGAGUUAUUUCAUGACACGCAAACUCCAAGCCGCUCAAGAAGACAAGAGCAGGGUGGACUUCAGGUUGAACACGAUGUCUCCCGCUGAUGCAAGGCGUGUCCUCCACCUAUUCAUGCAGACCUUCAUGGACUUCCUGGCCAACUUCAGCAUGACGGAGAAAAUGCUUUGCAAGCAGAAGAUGCUGUCCAAGGAUGUACUCUUCCUGGCAAUGGAGGCAUCUGACACCAUCCAGGAUAUCGUCGACUUGCCUUGCGAGGAGAUUCUAUGUCGGUGGAUUAAUUGCGUCAUCAUGGAAACCAAGCACCGAGCUUCUAGCUUGCUGACAGCCGGUGAUGUGGAAGACAGCAGGCAAAACUGGCAAGCUACAGAUAGCCAAAAGUAUUCCAUGAGGUGUUUUGAAGUCCGAUCGUUUCCUUUGGUGCAGACAUCAUCCUUUGAGGAGCACUUCAAGGACGGAAAACUUCUCACAAUUCUCUACACGUUGCUGCGCGCCUUCAGGGACAACAACAACUUCUUUGAUCCAGCUGAGCUUGCAGCAUUGGAUGAGAAGGACACUGAGCAUCGAGUCGCCAUUGCACUGGACCACUUCAGUUCGCUGUCGCCAAUGUUGAUCAAUAGGUUCGUGAUGAAAGCGACUGACAUCCUUUCUGGCCAACUCGCUUGCCUCAAGAGCUCUUUGUGUUCUAUUUUCCUACGGGAGGCUCCAGGAAUCAGAAGCAUGAUGCAAGCCCAAUCGCUUGCUGAGGACCAGGCCCUCCACAUUGAUGAGAAGGAUCGCUUCCCACGAAGCCGGCGGCAAGUCAUUCUGCCGACAGAUUUGCCCAGGCUAGAAGAUUCUCGGAAGCGGGCCUUGGAGAUCCAAUAUCCGAUGGCGAAGAUCAUGCACAUGUUCCAAGAUGUGGCCGGCAGAGUCGCUUUUGCCGAUAUGUUUGAUCUCUCCAGGCUGUGUGUUGCAAAUGAGACCAUCUGGAGCUUGAGCAGAUUGUCCUUAGUGGAAAUCUUGCGCCGCUGGGUGAACCUGCAGGUCUUUGGUUCUGUAGCUCCACAGGAGGAUGGCCAACCCACUGGUGUGACCAACUUUGGAAGCGACUUGGCAUCGGGUCGAAUACUUCUGAAGCUGAUCACGGCUGUGGCUGGCAAUGCCAUUGAUGCUGAAGACAUGAGGGACCAGGUAGAGGAUUGCCUUGCAGAUAGUCCGCAGCGAGAGGACAAAGAGGCUAUGAAGUUGGUCAUACCAUUGGUCAAAAGAUGCGUGCCCUACUGUUUCUUGACAGAGGAUGCGUUGCUUGCAGCCCAGGAGGAUGCGCUUUCGACAGUGGUUGGUGGCCUCUUCCUCUCGUGGUUUACUUUGAGACCUGAGCCGGAAUCCAGCUUGGGGCAAGACCUGGAAGGCAUAGAGCGUUUCCUGGAGGUUGGAUUAAAUGUUGCAGCCAUGCCAGCAGAAGCAGUGCCAGAAUCAGAAGACAAGUCCGGCCUACUGGAUGCCUACUGCAAAGAAUGUGACUCUGGCGAAGAGAACAGGUUGAUCUGCACGCUUGGAGCAAUCGAAGAACAUCACAGAGUCAUGUUUUCACUUCAGACGCGUUUGCGCAACUUCAUCGCUGAAGUCAUGGUGAGACGGGUUGUUUCACGGCGAAGAUUCAAAAGUAGUCGAGGUGAUGGCCAUACGCUGGUGACUUUGCAAGAGCUGGUACGAGAUCAGGACUGGAUCCUCCUGACCGAGAAUGAACAUCCAGCAACAAGAUCUUCACGCCCACGAUCUGUGGUUCGCGAGAAACGCGCGUUGAUUGUGAAGCUCUUUGAUUAUCUUUCAAUCCGUGGACCCCGCGGGGAGCGACAGGUGUACUGGAGUGGCAUAGCCCAGCUGUACCGAGAUGCAAACAUGUCAUGUCCCUGCCUUUUCUUGCCGAAAGAUGCCGCACAAAGGAUCUUUUGUGAGGUACUAGACGCUGAACCAGAAACAUUGCAGGAAAGUGCAACUCUGCAUACCAAGUACUUGCACAUGGCAGAGAUACAAAGGUGGCAGGAAUCUGAAAAAGACUCCAGCUGGCAAGACUAUGGUCUCAGCUUGCAUGGAUUCGUUCGCUACCUGCUUCGAAUUGCCAUCCACAGGGAGGAAAGUGCAUUUCGGAGACAAUCUUCAGCAGUAUCAUUGACAAGGUCGUUGAGGGAGCUCUUUGGCAGCCAUUUGCAGAAAGCUGAGUGCAACGCUGCAGAGAACCAGUUCACUUUGUCAAUACAUACGUCUCAGGUUCAGCAUCUACAACUUAGCUGGGAGCCUUUCAUGCGUGCGGUCUUUGUCUUGUACGCGAAUCAAGGCUAUGUCUCCGAGACGCAAGAGGAGCUCCGAAUGGGAGAGGCCUCUUUGGUCAGCCUUUUCUCCGAUGCUGGUUUGCUAGGCAGUGGCUUGCAGCGAGCUACCACCAGGUCCAUCUACCAGAGCCUGACCGACAGACGCCAUUUCCAGACCAACAAGGAGAAAAUUUGCUUUCAAGGUCAGGCCGAGGUACGCCGUCGGAUCAAAAAAGAAAGCAUGGGGAGGUCAAAGUCUUUGCCUCCAAAGAUCCAGGGACUGCAGCCGUGCGUGUCACAGCUGACUGCGCAAGCGUCCGCCCUUCAUUUCGAGGACUUCCAAGAGGUUUGCCUCGCAGCAGCUAUGUAUCGGAAUCCGAAUUUGGUAGUGCCCGUGGAGCUUCGGUUUGAGCAAUUCCUGAUGGCCAUGGUCGAUGGGCUGAAGCACCGAAUGGCUUCAAAAACUGAGAUGCUGCCACAUUUGAUGGUGGAGGCCAAAUCUAUAGAGGAAGCGGAGGCGAAGCAGAGGGCAUGGAAUGAGCUGCUUGAAGCACUAGAGGGCUGUACUAUGGGAGUGCCAGACGAAAAAUGGGGACGACGCAUGCGCGCAACGCGACAGUUGCAGGCCAGGGAAGCUACUGUCAAAGAGGAUGAACCAGUAAGGAGAUCCAGAAGUGCUCCUCCAGCAGUAUCAUUGCCGAGCAGAUUCCAGACAAUUUUGGGGAUAGCAAAGGACUCAUCGCAAUCAACAAUCUCAGCGCUCAAUGCAGCGAUGCCAACUGAAGGCUCGUUGGAAGGCCUGGGACUACCUGUUGGUUCACGUUUGGAGUCGGUCGUGUCCGUGAUGAAAGUAGCAAAACGCUUUGGUGCACAUAUAGAUGUGGCAGAGGUCAAGAAGAAAAGGUCAGACAUUGGAAAAGGGGCAUUGGACAGGCGAAGAAAGGUUGCGACACUCAAGGUGAAGUUUCUUGCUGAUCGGCAAAUCAGGGCAGCUGUUUUGAAACGCGAGCAGCUUUCUCAAGAGAUUCAGCCCGAAGGCUGA